GGAACCUAUCGCGCUCGGCUAAAAAUACAACCCGUUGAUAAUCCGUUAAGCUUGUCGCAGAAGAGCUCGUAACAGCCUAGUAAUUCGAGGUGUAAGAGAGUUUUGAGAAUAACUGAAGAUCUCCAAGACACGGUAAGUUCCUGAAAAAUUCUAUGAAAAUACGAUGGUGAAUUUGCCAUCGUUAAAAAUCGAAAACGGAAUGCUUUAGUUACCUGCGCCCAACAGCUGGUUCUUUCAUGCACACUCAGACAGCGUUUGUCUUUGUCUUCUGACAUAUCAUAGAAAGCCCCGUUUAUGUUAAGUGUUUUGAAACCAUGAACUGUUCAACUUCUUCCUGGGCUUUCUUUAUAUUUGUGGAAGCUCAUACAAACCACACGAAUGGUCAACUUUUCCUGGUUUUACAAGAUGUCGUUUCGAUCAGGUGUAAAUGCAAAUUCGUGUACUUCAAUCCUGAUGGAAAAAAAAAAUGAGAGCCUCGCUCAGUUAUAUGUCUUCUGUUUAGCAUAAUCGGUUCUCAUUCUGAGCACUUUUUUCUCUAAAAAGAAAAACGAUUUGAAUCACAUAAAAAAUAAUUUGCAAAUGAUUUGGCUUGCAUUACUCCGCGACAUAAAAAAUAUUCAUUUCCUUUCUUUAGACAGAGCACCCAAUUCCUGAAACUUCCGUAAACAACAUUCGUAUAGCGUAUAGCUAUGAUUUUUUUGUCCUUUGCUUUUUAUUUUGAUUUUCUAUCCUUUUCAGCUACAAAUGAUGUUUCGUUUCAUAUGGCGAGCUUGGUUCGACUGAGAUUUACAUAUACAUGUUUAGUCGAUUAAAAUUCAGUCUGCGCGUUAUGUCACGCAGGGUGUUUUGGUGGCACGGGUGGUCACGCUUUUAACGCAAAGGUUUGUGUUCCUGUUUGUUUUCCUCGUCAGCAAAAAGACCAUGUUUAACAGUCAAUAUAAGGAAGCUAAUGAUGUGUUGAAUUACUGGUUCGGAGGAGGGGACCGUUCCAAGCGACCAAAAUGGUUCGGAGGCGGAGAAGAAGCUGCUAAGGAAGUAAGAGACAAGUUCGGACCGCUGGUAAGUUGAAAAUGUCGUUUCAUCAAGCAUCAAGUAGUCUACUUUAAUCGAUGCACAGGGUGCUUACCAUUAAGCCGAAAAGUCUUUAAAUUUCAGUUUUAUGGCAAGUGACAAUGUAAUUUUUCCAGAAAUCUUGUUGGGAAAUUGUAGAAUACCUACAGAUGUAUUUCUCUUUUUCAUUCGGAACGGAACGGCAGAAAAUUCCAUAUCAAUUGAAUUAGUCCUCCGUUUCCAGGCUAGAGAGGGACGAAACGGCUGAUAGAUUAUUAAUGGUGCGCGCAAUCUUAUCCGCUGGGUCAAAUUGGGAAAAACCAUAACAAGGAAAAUGUGCCAGAGAGGUCAAGUCACGAUUGGUUUUAUUUUCACUUUUGCUGACUGAUUGAGACUGAGGGUAGCAGAGUGAACAAGACCACAGACGAAGUUUAAUCAGGGUAAACAGGAAUAAACCUCGUCCUGUUAUUCUCUUUAGGUAGUGAAGUGAUGCACAAUUGACUCAGAUAAAAUACUAUCCUAUCGCUUGUAAACAGAAUAAUUGAGAGAUGGUAAGUUUUGAGCUCGGUAACUGAUAUAAAUAUAGGUGUUUUUCGUCUUUCUCUAUUUCUUUGCCGAGCUCAAAACUCACCAUCUCUCUUAAUUAUUCUGUUUACAAGCAUGAUGCUAUCAACAUUUCUGAUCCUAGCAACAUGUAGGACGCGUGUCACGGGGAGUGCGGAAUCCGAAGGUCUGAGGUUCGGUUCCUCGUGGCAACUCAGAAUUUUUCUUUGUCCCAUGCUCGUGAAAAGACAGAAAACAUCUUUCUCUACCCUAUCUUUUUUUUCAAUCUCACAAUAAUGAUGAUGAGAAAAGUCUCUCUUCUCUUACAAGUGAUUCACGUGAAUGUGUUUAAAGCGAGAGGAGACACUUUUUCUUUGAACCUUUUCUCUCUCAGGUGGAGAAAGCCAGAAAUGACGAGUUGAAGCACUGGGAAAAUGAUCCUAAAGCCUCAUUAGCGUUGAUCAUAUUACAGGACCAGUUCCUACGAAGUCUUUUCAAGGUUUGUAUAACUACACGCUUAUAUCCGAUUGACCGACGGACCGAAAGAUGGCACGUCAGACCGACCAGUCGGCCGACCUAUUCAACCGAGCGAUCGACCUAUCGAACGACCGAAAAAGGAAUGAAACACGGAUAAACCAACCAGCCGAAAAAUAGAUCAGGCAAAGGACUUUGUCGCGUAAUUUUGUACAAUUUCGUUACGAAAUAAGAAAACAUGCUACUGAGAUUGACAUUUUGAAGGCGCGUCGGCCUUCGACAUUUUUUUGUAAGGCGUGUCGCUUAGAUGUGAUUUUUCAUUAAGCAUUACGACAAAAAUAGAUAUAUCUUACACUAGAGAAGAAGUUAAUCGAGACAAAAAGUAAAAGCGAAGUGGUCUUCAGUCAGAAUAAUUAUGUAAGCGAGAGAGCGUUUGUCAGUUGUUCUAAUUGAAUCAGUUUACGACAGACUUAUUGGCUGAACAUUACAGUCACAGCCGAGAAAUCGAGUUAUCUUGUAAAUUUGACACUUUGGUAUUGUCAACCGAGUUAAUCAUGUAAAUUGACCAUUGUAAAGAGUUUCUAAGCUAACCUUCUUUUAAGCGUUAGCCCUUCGUCAAAGCGAAUAACGAAGGGCUAAGUUUCGAAACAUCAGCUUAGAAACUCUUUACGGCGGCCAAUUUACAAUAUCAACUCAGUUGAAAACACCAAAUAUCUUGUUAUACUACCCCACCGACGCUGGACCACAGUAACCGAAAGGCUUUAUUCAUUUAUCGAGUGGGUGAACCCGAUUUUACGAGAAAAGAAAGAAGGGUGGGGGAAGGAGGUCGAAAGUCGAGGACAAUCUCUCGGAUGUUAAAUUUGAAAGUGCGCCUCUAAGUCGAAGAUUAGUAGCUCAGCUGAAAGCUGAUGGAUGACGCUUACUUUAGAAAAUUUCGGGCAAAUUAAUGUCCAUGCAUAUCAUGGAAUACCCAUCUUAAGAUAGAAGGUAUUUUUUCCAAAUUGUUUCGUUCGGUUAUUUCAGGGCAGUCCCACGGCUUUCUCAAGAGAUACAUAUUGUGAAGAACUGGCCAAAAAGGUAAAUAAAGUUUCCUCUUCUUCUUACCAGCAUAUUACCAGCAUUUUUACCUCUUUUUAAAAUUUAUUUCUCACCUUUCAUUUCUUGGUGUUAAAAGUUUAUACAACGCGAGACACACGAUCAUCUAAAGUUCAGCGCCGCUGCGAGAGUUUUCAUUUAUCUUCCACUGGAACACAGCGAGAACAGAGAGACUCAGGUGAGUCAGCGGCAAUAAAAUUUCUGGCCGUGCGUAUUAAUAUAUACAAGGAAAUAUUUGUCAUUCUCGUCCAGUCACAGUGCCAUAAUUUGCUUUUCGCCUGUCCCUGCAAGUGCCGUAAACCACGUUUCGGGAAUGCAUGAACACUUCUAGACCGAGGAGUUGGGCCAACAGCGACUACUGUGACCACAAUAUUCCAAGUUUAAGUUACGAGUUGUUUGAAAUGUUAAAGUGGAGACUUCAAGUCAAAUUGACUUUUGCGCACGCACAAGCAUAAUCUCGCUUCAUUUUGACCCAACCGUUUACUUUUUCGUUGUAGGAAAUGAACGUGCAGCUGUUCGCUCAGUUAGAGAAAGACUGCAAAGGGGGCGAAGACGAGUCAAGUGGAAACAUUUGGUACAAGUUUGCUUGUCUUCACAAGGUGAGAAUACUGGUUGGUUUACCGGUGGGAGUUGACAAUUAUUUUACGCGACGUGGGAAGCAAAGAUUGCAGACCGAUUUUCGACAAAAUGCAACCGACAGGAACGCAGAAUAUUAAAUAAAGAUAACAAAUUUUAAAAAGAAAUUGACGAAAGAGAGAAGGAGAGAGAAGGCUAACUUGCCAAGUGAUGGUUUGAAUUUGCGUGCAAUGCGCACCAUCUGCGCCAGUGAUCAUAUUUUGAAAACGCUCCAAAUCCGCGAAAGCCGAACCAAAGCCAAAUUGUAUUCCCUGACCGCAUGGAAGCCUUCAAUAAAGCGGGCAAAGAGCUCAGAACAAAAUCCCAGCACUACAAUGAAUCCAUUCCUUCUUUUGUAUUCAGGAGGUAGUGGAUCAGUUUGGGCGUUUUCCACAGCGCAACAAAGUUCUUGGCAGAGAGAAUACUCCAGAAGAGGACGAAUGGCUGAAUAAUCUUCCCGACCGUUUUAAAUGGUGAAGACGACAGACAGCAGAGUGAUAACAAACCAGCAGUCUAGAUGAUAUCUAAGAUAUACACCCUGUAGAUAAAAUGCGUCGAUUAGAUCACAGCUUUAGUCCGGAUCCCACCUUCACGUCUUGGAAGGAGCCUUGAUUCUCCAUUUCUUAUCAGCCUUUUAAUCCGACUAAUAGAGUUUGUUCUCGACAUUUUUGUUUUUAAAUCAAAAAAAAUUCUUUGACUUAAAUCUAGAAGUCGAUUUACAUUUGUAAUCAAAACCUGUAAGAGCACGACCAAAAUUCAAACUUUGAACAUUAAAAGAUGUCGCACACUACCCUAGCUGUGUUUUGCAGAAAGCUUCCAUUUCCUAGGGCUGCUUAAAGUUCAGUAAACGUUCGAGAAAAUUUUAAUUUAUUAUCUUGCUAUUAAACAAUUGUUCCGCGGGCGCGUUAGAUAUGAGAUGAUACUCAGAUAGCC